AUGUUUUUAAAUGUCGUUUAUACAAAUGCACCUGGUAUAACGACUAAUGAUCUAAGGAUCAUAUGUCAACAAAUAAGGAAUUGGAGAAAAUUUUUAUCUAGACCAGAUUAUAGGGGUGAUAAUAUUUUUUGGAAGGUACUUAGAUUUUUUGCUGUUGGUCAACCAGAAUAUUCAUUAACAGGAGAGGAAAAAGAAACAAAAAAUGAAAGGAGGAAAUUUUUUGAUGAUUGUUUAAUAUUAUUAUUUUAUUCUCUUGGUAUUCAAUCAAAUUUUGUUAUUAUGGGUUUUAUACAAGAAAAAAUUAUGACACAGGGAUAUUCUGUUAUAGUUUUGUGCAAUAGAAUUGUUGCCUUAUUUUUUUGUUGUGCCAUAUUAUUAUGUAUUAGAAGAAGGCAACCUCCACAUGUUCCACCAUUUUAUUAUCAUUCAUAUAUAUCAUUGUCAAAUACUUUGUCUUCAUGGUGUCAAUAUGAAGCAUUAAAAUUUGUAUCAUUUCCAACACAAACUGUAUGUAAAGCAUCAAAAGUUAUACCAACAAUGAUUAUGGGUAGAUUAUUAAGAAAAGAAAAAUAUUCAAAAGAAGAUUAUGCAAUGGCAUUUUGUCUUGCAUUUGGAGCAGCUAUUUUUUUUUUAUCUCAAAAUAAGGCUACUUCAACAAGUUUAACAGAACAUACAACAACAAUAUCUGGAAUAAUAUUAAUGGCAGGAUAUUUAGGUUUUGAUGCAUAUACAUUAAAUAAGCAAAAACAGUUAUUUGAUACGAGACCUAAAUUAUCUAAAUAUCAAAUGAUGCUCGGAGUUAAUUUAUUUAGUGCUGUUUUAUGUACAGUUUCACUACUAGAACAAUCAACUUUUUUUAGUAGUAUUGAAUUUAUGGUAUCACAUCACACUUUUGCCCGUGAUACUUUUUUACUAUCUUUAUCUGGAUCAAUAGGACAGAUAUUUAUUUAUAUGACAAUUGAAAGAUUUGGACCAAUUGUAUUUGCUGUAAUUAUGACAAUUAGACAAAUUAUAUCCAUAGUACUUUCAUCUUUAUACUUUAAUCAUGGACUUUCUAUUAUUGGUUUAGUAGGACUAGUAAUAGCCUUUGGUUCAAUUUUAUUUUCAACUUAUAGAAGAUAUUUUGUAAAUGAAAAAAAAAAGAAACCAGUUACGAAAUAA